AGUUGAGUGCAGUUGAGAUUCGCAUUAAAUUUUAAAAUCAGAGUGCUAUCAAAAUGAAAUUUGUUACGUUUAUAUAUAUUUUAUUUAUAAGCCUAAUACUGAUCAUAGCUGAAGCAGAGUUUAACGAAAAUGAGUCUUGUGUGGCAACCAGAAUAGCAGAGGAGGAAUGUGGAAAGUACACCCAUAAGGCAGUGAGACCAUUAUUAAAGUAUAUACAUCAGAUGAAGGAGGCAAUUGAAAACCAUAACAAUAGAAUUGAAGGCAAAGAUAAAGAAAUCAAGCAACUGCAGGAAAAGCUGAACCAACAUAAUCAAUUUAUCAUCGAGGCACUUAAAGAGCUGACGAAGAACGUUUUAUCAAUAAAAGAGGAAAUGGGUAAACUCAAUUCCAAUGCCUUGAAAAUCCAGGACUACGAGGAGCAGCUGGGGAAACAAAAGCAGCUAAUUGAUCAAAAGGACCAACAAAUAUCCGAAAUCAAAAACGAAGUCAACAUUUGUAGCAAAAAACUUAAAAGUGAAUGCACCGACUUUGCUGAUGCUCCGGGUAUUCAUGUGAUUAACCCGGAUCAAGAAGAUCCUUUCAAUGUACAAUGUGAUAGUGCGACAGCAGGUCCUGGCUGGACGGUUAUUCAACAGAGAAUCAAUGGCAAAGAGGACUUCUAUAGGGAUUGGGCCGCAUACCGUGCCGGCUUUGGAAGCUUUGAAGGCGACUUUUUCUUAGGACUCGAGAGGAUUCAUCGCUUGACGAGCGCCCAGCCCCAUGAGCCCCAUGAGCUGUACAUACAUAUGGAAGGAUUCGAUGGUAUCAUCAAAUACUACAGAUAUGAAGAAUUUGCUAUCGCUGGCGAGGACGAUCAAUACAGACUGAACAUCUCUGAUAAGGCUGUGGGCAAUGCAACAGGUGAAGAGUUAUAUUACCACAACAAACAGAAAUUCAGCACAUUCGAUCGUGAUAAUGAUAAUUGGGAUGAUGAAAACUGCACGAAUAAAAACAAUUGUGGUGGUGGCUGGUGGUACAAAAGCUGUGGAGGAAGCACAUCUUUGCAGGGCCUGAAGUAUGUGUGGGACAAUGAUUUGCCAGGUUGGGUGCAGCUAUAUUUCGCCAAGCUGUUUGAUAUCGUUGUAUGUCUGGCCGUAAACCUGGCCGUGAAUGUGUUCAACAAAUGGCAUUGGUAUCAGUUCUCCCAACACACCGAUACAGCAUAUACCCUUCCCAGCGAUAGCCGUGUGAAGUAUGACUGAACUUUCGACCAUCAUCGAAACCUCGCUACAAGAGAUGAUCGUCUCGUGUAUUUUCGGACAGAAGAGCCUGCCCUGCAACGAUAUCUUCCGAGAGUUCUUCGUUGACGAGGGCCUAUGCUGCGUGUUCAACUUUCUCCAUCCGUAUUAUACAUAUAUACAAGCAUAGGUGAAGCUAUUUAUUAAUAACCAUAUCCGUAAAUAUAAAAAAGAGACAUCUUCGAAUGUUUAAGUGCAUCUUCUAUACGGGACUACACGUCGUCCAAAGGUCUCACGGACAUUGCCGUGGACUGGAACCCCAGCCAAAGGCUAUCCAAAGCAUCUGCCAGCGGGCUUCUAUUCUCGUCGGGGCAAUGGUCUUCAAAUUGU